AAGGCUUCGUAUGUUCGGAUCAAUUUCGAACCAACCAAAAGGCGGUGGAUUAUUUUACGCGCGCAUCAAUUUUCGUGUUAGUGCGUUGUUCGAAACCGAUUUGUGGAAAUGUCCUACGAUUACUGACUGUGUGCUGCAUUUUUGGAGCAACCCACUGCUAACUCCAACGAGAGUCAUGAAAAAUGAGUGCAAAUAGUAUUUUGACGAGGACAAGGGCAAACUGAUUUAAUGUUUGUUUAUUUCACCAGCUGGCGGUCAUUUGGAGUUGUUCUAUACGAAAGCAUGAACCACUCACGAUAUCAUCUACGGCAGACUUGGCUGUGCCAGAUCGGUGGACUUUUCCAAUCUGAUGAUGAAAGUAAAUUAUCGACGGGAAACCUCAGUGCUGUUUAAUAAAAGACUUUGUUAGCAUAGCUCCAUAAGUCAUAAGUUGAAUAUUCAGAAAUAAAACAAACAAAACCGUGUGAACCGAGGAAAUAUAAAUUGACGGGUUCGUUAACGAGAAAAUUGAUUCCGGUGCGCGAUUAGGGUAAUUUUCAUAAAUUCUAAAAGAAAAUGAAAGGAAGGAAUUAAUUACAGUCAAAUCUAAAUAAUGAAUUUGCUUCCAUCCGUCGACAGUUUUCUAUCGAAGAAAAGAAACCUAAGAAACGCAUAUCAAAGCACCGAAUAGUAGCGGCUUACGGAUGACGAAUUUGCUAAGUGGAUGAAUGAAUAUCAAUAACACAGCCACUUCAAAAGGAAGGGUGCCACCCAGGUUUAGCACCAUCUAGAUGAAGCGUUCGCCUUUCUCUUGUCGUGCGUUUCCCGAUCGUCGUUCGUGCAUGCAGUGUAUUGUUUGAAAUGUGUGAGGGGUCCACCUACUUGUUGUGGCAACCGAUUGGAGAAGAUCCAACGAAGAGGGUAAUAAUGUAAUAAAUUCUUGUGGAAAGUACAAUUUCGUGACAAUCGGCAAUAAAAACAUUUCAAACAAAGAAAACCAAAAGUGUAAAAACCGGCAGAACAAGCCAAAGCUGAAAAUAAAACGGAAAGGAAAUCUCUCCGCCCAGCGUUUCCCGAGCCCAGAGAGCCGGAAACACCUUCCGCCCCUUUCUUGCAUACCGUAGCUUUUGCCUACUACCAGCUGCCUUCGAAAAGUGUGAGAGCAAAAUAUUUAUUAUGCAGGGCUAAAGUGAAGUGAGAAAAUUCAAAGUGGUUUAUUUUUCCUGCACUCGUCCAUUCUCUGUCUGUUUUGGUUUGGGCAUUGGAUCUGCUUUACUUCGGCUUAGGUUGGUGCACCAAAGAAUAGUGGAACAUUCACACAGUAUGGAUGGUGGCGGUGAUGGUGGAGACGCUUAUCCUUGGCUCCGGUACUACCAUCAUCAACAAGACUAUCGUCAUCAUCAUCCCCAACAUUACCACCAAUACAAUCAUUAGGAGGAUCCGCUCAUCAGCUUCGGUAAAGCACGCGUAAAUAUAGCGAACUGACCCGGCUGCGACACCAUCAGGUGUAACGGGUGGCGGGAAUCUAGUCGAAUUAAUGCUACCCCGCCAAUCGCUGGUUUAGGUACAAUAACACACAUCGCUUCGAACAAGUACGUACUCAACAGCUUAGAAUUUGUACUUCACUCCAAAAAGGAAAAGAUAUUCGCUAUCGGCAAAGGAACGGGAUAGCAGCCGAAGUGUUGAGCAUGAAAGCACUAAAAUCGAGUGCAAUGCAGCUGGCAAGUGUUUUACUGAUUUUAAAUGGAUUUCUCAUCACUAGCACGCAUAGCGAAGAAGAGGAGAAUGUCGAUGAUAACAGUGCAUAUAUAUUAGACAGAGAUUUGCCAAAGUUCGGAGAGCCCAUCCAGAAUUUGACGGUAGCACUCGGAAGAGAAGCAAUAUUGAUCUGCGUGAUUGAUAACUUACAAACAUAUAAGGUCGCUUGGCUGAGGGUGGACACCCAGACUAUCCUGACGAUUCAAACUCAUGUGAUAACUAAGAAUCACCGAAUGACGAUAACGCACGUUGAAGGGCGGAAAUGGGUGCUGCGGAUAAAAGAUGUUAAGGAAUCGGACAAGGGCUGGUAUAUGUGCCAAGUCAAUACCGAUCCAAUGCGAAAUCAGAUUGGCUUCCUUAAUGUCGUUGUUCCACCAAACAUUCUGGAUUACCCGACCAGCACGGAUAUGGUAGUACGAGAGGGUAGCAACGUGACACUAAAGUGUGCAGCUUCUGGCUCUCCUCAACCAACUAUAAUGUGGCGCAGGGAAGGCAAUGAACCAAUCACUUCGGGAGCUUCCAGCUUGAACACUUCAGUAUUUUCCAUCGCUCGUGUAAAUCGAUUGAAUAUGGGUGCAUACUUGUGUAUAGCUUCCAAUGGCAUCCCCCCGUCAGUCAGCAAGCGAGUAAUGCUGAUUGUACACUUUCCACCCAUGAUUUGGAUACAGGAUCAGCUGGUGGGAGCUGCUCUCGGUCAACGAUUGACGCUUGAAUGCAACUCCGAAGCAUUUCCCAGAUCAAUCAAUUAUUGGAUGAAGAAUGAUACAAUCAUAACGCAAGGCAAACGGUUCGAGCCAACAACACACGAAGCAAACAAUUACAAGGUGGUGAUGAAGCUGACGAUAAAGGAAGUCGACAUCAAUGAUUUCGGCACAUACAAGUGCGUGGUCAAGAACUCCCUUGGCGAAACUGAUGGAUCAAUCAAAGUGGAUCAUAUUCCGUCAACCACUACAACACCUACCAAUCCGCCGAGCACGACAACGCUGCCGACUACAACUGAAGUUUCUUAUCGUAAAAAUUACAAAAACAAAGUCUACCGGCCACUGGAUGAGUACUCUUCAUCGUCCAACAAAGUUCCCAUGGGGGAUAGUGGCGAAUUGUGGAACAAAGAUCUAUCGAAAGAGAAAGACCGCUACAGGGAAAAUUCAGCCAAUCUGGAAGAUCAACGAGAGAAGGAAGCGUUUGUCGAUAACGACACUAAAUCGGCCGCAUGCAGUGUGCAGCAGCAGAAACUGAUGGACUUGAUUCUACUCCUCGCGUUGCUUAUGAUGUUUCACCUGAGGUGAUCCAAUCUCACUCAUUGAAUACGUCAGAAAUAUGCUAUAUAAAUUUAUUUGUUUGAACUAUUUACUUGAUGAUAAUACCGACAAAAGAGUAUUUGAGCAAAAAGUAGAUUAGUGAAAUGAGAGAGUAACGCACAAAACCAGAAUCUGGGGAAAAUCGUGCAAAUACUGUUAUACAAUAAACUAGAAUUUUAUAAUAAAAUA